AAAUAAUAGAUACCCUUUGUUCAACUGUAUCCUUCUCUCAAUCAUCGGAGAAGAUACUUAUGCAAUGUUUUUCCGGUUCAAUUCUCCGGCGCUUUCGAACUUUAUCAUCAUCUUCUUUCUCUGCAUCAUCACGUUUCAGAAAACCUCUGAUGCUCAAACUGCUCCUCGAACGGAUCCUACCGAAGUGAGGGCGUUAAACUCAAUAUUCCAACAAUGGGACGUUCAGAUUCCGGGGAACUUAUGGAACAUAAGUGGAGAACCAUGCACCGGAACGGCACUCGGACCAGAUUUUGAUGUGGAUUACAACAACCCAUCCAUUGAAUGUAAUUGUACCUUCGACAACAACUCCACUUGCCAUAUUACUAAAUUGAAGGUCCGUCAACUUAACAGGAAAGGCGUUAUUCCUGAAGAACUUACUGCUCUAACCUAUCUCACCAUGCUUAAAAUUGAUCAGAACGUACUCACUGGUCCCUUGCCCGCGUUCCUUGGAAAUUUUUCUCACAUGAUAGCGAUGAAUUUGGACCACAAUCAGUUCUCCGGUACGAUACCUAAGGAGCUUGGAAAUCUUAAACAAUUAAUCAUGUUGGCUAUUAGUACCAAUAAUUUUUCGGGCACUCUUCCCCCGGAACUUGGAAACCUAUCAAACUUGGAACUACUGUACCUCGACAGUUGUGGAGCUAGCGGCGAGAUUCCAUCAACAUUUGCCCGGUUAACAAAAAUGCGCGAGAUGUGGGCUUCAGACAAUGCAUUUUCUGGAAAGAUACCUCCUUUUAUAAGCAACUGGACAAAGUUAGAGAAGCUGAGACUACAAGGGAAUAAUUUUGAAGGUCCUAUACCAGCUAAUUUUUCAAAUUUAAUCUCGUUGAAAUCUUUGCGAAUAAGUGAUUUGCAGAAUGUGAGUUCAUCUCUUGAUUUUAUCACCAGUUUAAGGAAUCUAACUGACUUAAUUAUAAGAAACGCGUUAGUUUCUGGUCCUAUUCCGACAGGCAUUAUUCAAUUGCAAAACCUAGUUACACUAGAUUUAAGCUUCAACAAUUUAAAUGGUUCGCUUCCAGAAACAUUAAUGAAUAUGAGUUCCCUAGUUUCAUUGUUCCUUGGAAACAACAGCUUGUCUGGUUCUCUUCUUCCUUACAAAAGUCCGAAUCUUCUAAACAUAGAUUUGUCUUAUAAUCAACUGUCAGGAUCUUUUCCUCGAUGGGUGAUUCCGACAUGGUCAAUGGCUAAUUUGCAAGUGAAUUUGGUGGCUAAUAACUUUGAAUUUGAUAGCACAAAUAUAAGCACUUUCCCAGGAAUAAAUUGUCUUCAGCGAGGCUUCCCUUGCCAUAGGAACGCGACACCUUAUACCAGCUUUGCAAUCAAGUGUGGUGGCCCAGAAAUGAGGUCCAUGAACAUAUUAUUCGAGGCUGAGAAUUCUACAUCCCUUGGACCAGCUUCCUAUUUUGUACAUGAAGAAAAAUGGGCAGUUAGCAAUGGAGGCGUUGUCAUUGACCGAAUUGAACACGACCCAUCAUUUGUAGCUUCCACCUCAAUCCAAGUCGAUAACACAAGAUAUCCAGAACUUUACAGAACUUCUAGAGUGUCUCCAAGCUCUCUUAGAUACUAUGGUUUAGGGCUGGAAAACGGGCCUUAUACUAUGACCCUUUUCUUUGCAGAAACCGUUUUUAACCGAACCCCUAACACCUGGCAGGGUCAUGGGAGGCGUCUCUUUGAUAUUUACAUCCAGGGAAAUCGUAGACAGAAGGAUUUUGAUAUAUCAAAGGAGGCAGGUGGUAAUGGAAGAGCUCUUGAAAAGAAGUUUGAUGUAAUUGUGACACAAAGUUAUCUUGAAGUUCAUCUGUUUUGGGCUGGGAAGGGGACCUGCUGCAUACCUGAACAGGGAGAUUUUGGACCUUUAAUUUCGGCCAUAAGUGUUUCUCCUGAUUUCAAAGUUAAGAGCAGUUCAAACAAAACUGGAAUGAUCAUUGGUAUCGUAGCUGGUGUUACGUCUUUCACCCUUCUGCUCUUAGUUUUUGCUUUUUAUAUUACAAGGAAAAGCUCAAAACAUGAGGAAGAAGACGAUUUUACUGGAAUCGGGCCUAAAGUAAAUACUUACAGCUAUGCGGAACUGAGAACCGCAACUGAAAAUUUCAGUAGAUCAAAUUUUCUAGGAGAGGGUGGUUUUGGACCUGUUUACAAGGGGAUAUUGAAUGACGGAAGUAUAGUAGCGGUGAAGCAACUGUCGGUGGCAUCACACCAUGGAAGGAGUCAGUUUAUAGCUGAAAUUUCAACCAUUUCAGCUGUCCAACAUUGGAACCUUGUGAAGUUGUAUGGUUCUUGUAUUGAAAAAUCUAAAAGACUUCUGGUUUAUGAGUAUCUUGAAAAUAAAAGUCUUGAUCAAGCACUCUUUGGGAAAACCAAUGUGCACCUUGACUGGUCGACUCGCUUUAAAAUAUGCAUGGGCACCGCAAAGGGACUGGCUUACCUUCAUGAGGAAUCGAGGCCUAGAAUUGUGCAUCGCGAUGUAAAAUCAAGUAAUAUAUUGCUUGAUGGAGAAUUAUGCCCCAAAAUAUCAGACUUCGGAUUAGCAAAAUUAUAUGAUGAUAAGAGAACACACAUGAGCACCCGGGUUGCAGGAACAAUUGGCUAUCUUGCACCAGAGUAUGCAAUGCGCGGGCAUUUAACAUCCAAGGCUGAUGUUUUUGGAUUUGGAGUUGUUUGUUUGGAGAUUCUUAGUGGGAGGCCCAACUAUGAUGAGAAAGUGGAUCCGGAACAGAAGUAUCUGCUACAAUGGGCAUGGAGUCUAUAUGAAAGCAACCGGCACUUGGAGCUCAUAGAUCCAUCUUUGUCAUCUUUUGACGAACAAGAAGCCACCCGUAUGCUAGGUGUAGCCCUUAUAUGCGUUCAAACAUCGCCAACACUAAGACCAGCAAUGUCACGUGUGAUUGCCAUGCUUUCAGGCGACGUUGAAAUAACUCCGGUCACAACAAAACCAAGUUACUUGAUAGAUUGGGAUUUUAAUGAUCUUACCAACGCUUUCGGUGAUGAAGAACCUUUUUCUUCUGAAAGUACAACCAUGCUUACAACUACAAAUACAACAGCCUCAAUUAGUGUUGAGUCCACGCCAUCAUCCAGAAUGUUGUCAAAGUCUUAGAGAAGGAAGGUGACACACCAUUGUUGAUAAUUGUUCAUACGGUUACAAUGAGUUGUAUAAAGGUGGUUCUAGAGCUGCGUAGGGUCGUUAGAUACAAGUAUGGUUUGUAUGAGUUUAAAAGAACAUCCGUACCAAUAUCGGUAUAAUCGAAACAGGUAUGGGUAUAUGUUUUUAUGGUUUUCAACCAACGUAAAACAUGUGUCGCUAUCCUUUUGGGCAUAUCAUGAAUUUACCUUUUUGGGUUACAUGAGACAAACUGCAACGGUGUUCAUUUCUUGGUUUCGUUAUUUUUUCACUAUAUGUACAUAAGUGGUACCAAACCGCAACGUAACUUUGUAAAUCACAACUUUAUGUUUGUAACUUUUACUUGAUUUGGUUUGUUGCUUAGAAA